UGCUGUGCUUGCUCUCCUUCUGAGCCACAGCGGAGCAGGCUGAGAGCAACCCCAACACAGAUCCACCACCAGCUGAAGACUCGGACGGCAUCUCAGGGCGGGCAGACUCCAGACUCAUCCACAAGUCAGCCUUCAAGCGAAUCGCAGGGCGUCUGACAGCUCAGUUAAAGAGGCAGGGGAGGUCGUGAGGAGGCUCAGCUGGGAUCAGAGUGAAGGGGCAAGACUCCAGUCUAAAAGUGCAGUUGGAGGCUGACUUUUUCCCUCUUGAAGGACGGUUUUAUCUCCGAGAAGCUCAGUUAUGGAGGAGACUCUCACCUGCAGCCGAAGCCCCUUCUCUCAGGUCUUUGGGCGUCAGGGUCAGCUCAUGCGAGCCACCGUGCAGUCUCUGAACAGCCUGAACGACCAGAUUGCGAGCUUCAUGGUGACUGGACCCAAGUCUCCAGAGGAGGAAGAAGAUGAGGAGGAGAAGGAGGUGCAGCAGCCGUUUCCACAUCCUGAGAAGGAAACCCUGCAGAAGUCCAUGACUCUGAUGAGGCACCUCCUCGUUGAUGCUCAGGCAAAAAUCCUGAGAAUGAUGGAUGACAACAAGCAGCUGGCCCAGCGCAUCGAUGGGGCCAUUCAGUCGGCCAGCCAGGAGGUGACCAACCUGCGGUCGGAGCUGAGCGCCACCAGCCGCAGACUGGCCGAGCUGGGAGCAAGCGACUCCUCUGCCAACGUUCUGGAGACCCUGCAGCACAACCACAAUGAUUCUUCAACCCAUCCAAGGCAGAAACCACCAGCUACCGAUCUCUGCUACAAGACUGAAAUCAGCAGCCUCAUGGACUUUCAUUCUCCAGACGCAUCAUUGGACAAAGUGUUGCUGCGUGAGGAGGUGGCGCAGCUCCAGGAGGAGGUGCACCUGCUGCGACAGAUGAAGGACAUGCUGAGUAAAGACUUGGAGGAAACCCAGGGAGGAUCCUCGGCGGAUGUGCUCUCCAUCACGGAGCUGCGUGUGCAGCUCGCGCAGAAGGAGCAGGAGCUGGACCGAGCCAAGGAGGCUCUGCAAGCCAUGAAGUCUGACCGUAAGCGUCUCAAGGCAGAGAAAGCGGACCUGGUGAACCAGAUGCAGCAACUUUAUGCCACUCUAGAAAGCAGAGAAGAGCAGCUCCGCGACUUCAUACGCAACUACGAGCAGCACAGAAAAGAGAGCGAGGAUGCAGUAAAGGCUCUGGCCAAGGAGAAAGAUCUACUGGAAAGAGAGAAGUGGGACCUUCGACGACAGACCAAGGAGGCCACAGAGCACACGGGGAUGCUGCGCUCCCAGCUUGACCUCAAAGAGAACCGCAUCAAGGAGCUGGAAGCUGAGCUGGCCAUGGCCAAACAGUCUUUAGCCACCUUAACAAAGGAUGUGCCCAAACGUCACUCUCUGGCCAUGCCUACGGAGGCGGUCGUCAACGGCAACAAUCAAGAGUGGGUGAUGCAGGCGGACCUCCCGCUGACUGCCGCCAUCAGACAGAGUCAGCAGACUCUCUAUGUCCACACGGGCCAUCCCACUGACAGACAAGUGGCGGCUGUGCGGGUGAGCCCGUGCCACUCGCGUCAGCCCUCCAUCAUCUCUGAUGCCUCUGCAAUGGAGGGGGAUCGGUCAUCCACACCCAGUGACAUCAACUCCCCACGUCACCGGACUCACUCCCUCUGCAAUUCCCUAGAAGAUCUGGAGGAGGCGAAGCGUAAGAAGAAGAAAGAGAAGAUGGGGCUGGGCUCGCUGUCCCGUGUCUUUGCUCGGGGGAAGCAACGCAAGUCUUUGGACCCCGGUUUGUUUGAUGACUCAGAAAGCCUCUACAGCUCUGCACACCUCAGCCUCAAUCUGUCCGACGGGUCAGAGGAGCAGCUGGACCGCCUCCAACAGGUGGAGCUGGCCAGGAUGACACCCAUGUCUCAGUGGAGAGCGGGCACCGUGCAGGCAUGGCUGGAGGUUGUCAUGGCGAUGCCUAUGUAUAUUCGCACCUGCUCAGAAAAUGUCAAGAGUGGAAAGGUUUUACUAGGACUAACGGAUGAAGACCUGGAGCAGGGGUUAGGGGUCGCCAAUCUAAUGCAUCGCCGCAAACUUCGACUCGCCAUCGAAGACUACAGAGAUGCUGAGAACGGCAAAGGGCUGUCAAAGGCUGCAGAUAUGGACCACCACUGGGUAGCCAAAGCCUGGCUAAAUGACGUGGGCCUCCCUCAAUACUCCCAGGCCUUCCAGACUCACCUGGUUGAUGGACGCGUCCUAAACUCCCUGACUCGUCUUGAUCUGGAAUAUCACCUCAACGUCACCAAAAAGUUCCACCAGGUCAGCCUGCUGCUGGGCAUCGAGCUGCUACACCUGCUCGGCUUUGAGAAGGAGGCUCUGCAGGCUCGUCGGGCUCAGUGCGAGCACCAAAAUGUGGACCCACUGGUGUGGUCUUCUCAUCGGGUGAUGAAAUGGAUUCGAGACAUCGAUCUUAGGGAAUUUGCUGACAACCUCCAAAACAGCGGCGUUCAUGGAGGCGUUUUGAUUCUUGACCCCACAUUCAACACUGACGCCAUGGCAACAGCUCUGGGGAUCCCCACCAGCAAGCACAUGGUCAGGCGGCACCUCAUUGAGGAGAUGAGGACGCUCGUUCCUUCAGCGAGAGUUGAUGCCAAACAGGAAUAUGAGUGUUUAGGCCUUGGAACUCCUCCAACCCUGCUGUGCCAGAACUCCCCAGGCAAACUGCCCAGCUCCAACUGCAAACACACCGACGAAGAAAACCUGUUAAAAAGAAGGGCUGUGAAGCCUCCUUUAGGGUUCAGUCCCAAAAACCAUGGUGGGCGGGAUCAGAGCUGCCACAGAACCUUUGGCUCCCUCCCUCGAGAGGUCCGAGACCACACUCCGCCCCGAGCAGAGGGGAGUCCACUCCGGGGGUGCACCAGCAUCGAAGUCACCAACGUGUGAUGUCAUCCAGCUGAACAUAAACCUCGGACAUUCAUCUCUUCAAAAUGGUUUACUGGCCUCCCCCCAAAAGGGGCACAAGUCUGUUUAUAGCAAAUCAUUUCAAAGUUAGUAGCACAUGUGAGGUUCAAGGGUGCUGCUAAGACUCCACUGGCAGUACACAUGGCUGGUUGGGGGUUUAAAUCCCAGUUUGUGUCCUUGAACAAUACAUUUAACCCCAGCUUGCCAUCAAGUGUGAGAAACUUUAAACUUUGAAAAUUGUUUUUUGCCAAAUUUUAAUUUUCUUUCCUACCGUCAAAACAAAGUUAAUAAAAAAGUGAAGCUAAAUGUAUUUUUUGUGUGUUUUUUAAAGAGUUAAUCACUAUUACCGUACUGAUGUGUUUUCUUUAAUAACUUGUUACAGACGAGACAGAACUCUUCUCUGAGGGCAAUUUAUUAAAAAAGCGGGAGUGUAAUUGAUGAUAAAAUGAAUCUAAUAAGUCUAUUGCAGUAAACAUAAGCAUUUGUUGUAGUUUGUCUGUGGUACUUUGAUAAUGUGUCUGGUUAGAAAUGCAAAACAUUCAAAAACAAGAACAGACUCAACAAGCAUAAAUUUAUCUUUAAGGAUGUUUUGUUAAUUUUGCACAUUUCUACUAUAGUGUCUCAUAAAUGUAAAGGCUGUCUUAAUGUUUCAUGAUGUACAGCUAAAGAAGGGCCAAUAAAAGGACUGCUGACAUUUUGUCAAAUAAUCUUUGAUGAAAUAAAACUGUGUAUUUCAAAA